GCCCAGCCCUAACUAAUUAACAUCGUUAGCUUCAUACACAAGUGACCAAGAGGGUUACGGCGGUGCCACGGUGGUUAGUGCCGGCCAUGGAGGAAUCGGCAAAGUUAAAAAACUUUCUAGAUUGGGCAACCCUUAACGGAAUUUCAGAUUCUCCUUUUAUCGAAGUUAACCAACACAAACCACAAAACACUAAUGUUUCUCAAACAUGUUCACCAUCAUCAUCAUCAUCAUCAUCUUGCUUGGGACAUUCUUUAUCUGUUUCACAUUUCCCUAAUGCCGGCGGGAGAGGAUUAUGUGCAGUGCGUGAUAUUGGGAAAGGGGAAUUAAUACUUAGAGUUCCUAAAUCAGCUUUGAUGACGUCACAAUCAUUAGUUAUGAAUGAUGUUAAGCUCUCUAUGUGUGUUUCUAAAUCCAAUUUAUCCUCUACUCAGGUAUUACAAUUCGUACUGGCUGUUGCAUUACUGAAUGAAGUGGCUAAGGGAAAGCAGUCGUGGUGGUACCCGUAUUUGACACAAUUCCCUACUAAUUAUGAUAUUUUGGCAAGUUUUGAUCAGUUUGAAAUACAAGCAUUACAACUGGAUGAUGCUAUUUGGACUGCAGAGAAAGCGUUAGAGAAGACCAAAGUAGAGUGGAAAGAUGCUUGUCCAAUUAUGGAAGAGCUUAUGUUCAAGCCACAUUACAUGAGCUUCAAGGCUUGGAUCUGGGCUUCUGCAUCCAUAUCUUCUCGCACAAUGCAUAUUCCGUGGGAUGCUGCUGGUUGUUUUUGUCCGGUGGGUGACUUUUUCAAUUAUGCUGCACCUGGGGAGGAACAACUUCCCUCUGAAGAUUUGACGGCUGCUGACACGGGUGCAAAGUCACUUAGGUUGACAGAUGGUGUAUUUGAAGAAAUAUAUUCUGCAUACUGCUUCUAUGCUAGAAGAAACUACAAAAAAGGAGACCAGGUUCUCUUGAGCUACGGAACAUACACCAAUUUGGAGCUUCUAGAGCAUUAUGGUUUUAUUUUAAAUGAUAAUUUAAAUGAUAAGGCGUAUGUAGCGUUACCUUCUAACCUUAAUAUUCAAUGUUCAUGGCUACCAGACUCGCUAUACAUUCACCAAAAUGGAAAGCCAUCAUUUGCCCUGCUUACUGCAAUGCGAUUAUGGGCAACACCUACACACUUACAGAAAUCAGUACGACAGCUUGCUUAUUCUGGAUCGAGUAUCUCAAAUACCAAUGAGAUUAUUGUGAUGGAGUGGUUAGUGAAGAAAUGUUGUUUAGCUAUGGAAAAUUUACCAACGUCUAUUGAAGAAGACAAGUCAUUGUUAUCUGUUUUGGACAAAGAGUAUGAGACAGCCAUGGAGCUGAAGAUUGCAUUAUCGGGUUUAACAGGUGAGACACUUGCCUUCCUGAAAGUUAACGGUGUAGUGAAUGAUGGAAUCAGUAGUACCAUAAGCAUACCCAAAAAGGUGAUAAGGUCGCUAGAUAGAUGGAAGUUGGCGAUUUUGUGGAGGCUCAGGUAUAAAAUGAUGCUACAUUAUUGUAUUUCACGUUGUACUAAGGUAAUAAAUGAUGUGUCUUGAAGAGAUCGAUGUGAAAAGAUCUUGCAAUUGUGUUAUUUGUGGCUUUCGUUCAUCAAAUAGGAGAUAUGGCACUUGGUGUACAUGAUGUAGGGAUAAAUUAGAAUUCAAAAUUAUAUAUGCAGCCUUUGAAGAAUUUCGCUAUCUUCAGCCAGGUACCAUUUCAUGAUCAUCAGAUGUCUGCCUAUAGAACCAUUUUGACACUAGAAGACCUUCACUUCGUAGGUGUGGCCGCAUGGGUCUCAGGAGGUGGCUAGCCGUAGCUUACUGUUAGGGUGAUAUGAAGCUGUUAUCAGAAUAGAAAAUGUGAUAGUCAAAGUAUGUAAAAUGAUUUUGUAUGAUUAUACAGCACAAAAGCGUACUGACUUAAAUCUUCCCUCGAAUCGAAAAGACGAGCAGAAAGCGAGUUCUUCGUGGAAAGAAAGAAAAUGAGAAAAUGCUUCGCCCCCUGUUACUUGUCUCGUUAAAUUAUAUUUGGUUUUAUACUUUUAUCAAUAUGAACACUUCGAUGUUUUAAUAACAAAACGUUUAUGACAAA